CGGUUGGAUCGCGACUCUCUUGUGGAUCGGCCUGCUGUUACACUUGGACCAUUGAGAAAAACACUGGACCAUGCUACAUUUUCAUUCAUCCCUGGACAUCUGACCACUACCCCAUCAUUCCCUCAAAAGAUGGCACAGAUUUGGAAAGUUGUGGAAUUCCAAGACCGGAGUGCAGCAGUUGUGUCGUCCAGCUGGGUGGUAGAUGUUGACGGAGAAGUGGGAUGCUACUGGCCACCCUUUGGCGGAAACAAAGCUGUGAAGGCCGCCAUGAACUGCACCCCCCCGGGACAAGGAUGGCGAUUCCAUCAAAAAAUAAGGGUGCUGGCAACCUGUGGCACCUUUGCCAAAGCAAGAUAUUACCUGACCCGAUCGCUUGAGGAAGGCUACCUUACAGCAGACCUGCAAUCGGAUGAUGGUGAGAUGGGGCCAAGGAAAAGACGACCAAACAAAAGGUAUUUGGAGGAGGACAGCGAGGAGGAGGCAGGACCAAGCCGUAGGGGGAGAAGGCCACCAUCUAUUGACGCCACUCAGCUGGACAGCGAGUGGCAAUUCCCCUCCCUUAAUGAAGACACCCAGCCAGGCCUGUUUCUUCACAGCCAGCCAUUAACUCAUGAUUCACCGUCGUCAGAAACCCCGCCAGGCCCUUUCCUUCACAGCCAGCCACUAACCCAUGAUUCACCCCAGCCAUGUCACCGCUUCCAUGCCACACCUCUGCCAUCGCAACAGGGGAACAAUCAGUUGCUGCGUGAUUCACCGUCUUCAGAAACCCCGCUAGGCCCUUUCCUUCACAGCCAGCCACUAACCCAUGAUUCACCCCAGCCACGUCACCGCUUCCAUGCCACACCUCUGCCAUCGCAACAGGGGAACAAUCAGUUGCUGCGUGACAUGGGCAUCAGCACAGUCAUCGCUCUCCUUGGCCAGCUGAGGGAGGAAAACAGGGAGCUGAAGGGGGAAGUAGGAAGGCUGGUGCAAGAGGUCAGGGCCCUAAGGAGAGAGAUGGGGAGACAAGACACACCCCAGACAUCGCCCCUAAUCAAGCUCCCACUCUCCACCAUGGAGGAGUUUUUGGCAGCAGAGGCCCUGGUGAAGGAAGAUGCCAAACAAAAGCAGCUAAUGGUGUCUACCUUAGCCCUUUGUGGAGGAACCGACGUAGGGGUCACAGUGAGGCGGAUGCUGCGUAGCCUCCUGGUCAACAGCUUGGCCAGCCAAUUUAACUGGGCUGGAAAGGGGGAAAAAACUGCGUUUAAGGACACCAAGAUCCAUGAUGUCCUGUUUGAUGCUCUACAAAAGCAGCUGCCAGGGAGCACACACGCUACUUUUAGUGACGCAAUCAAGAAGUGGCUUAAGUAUGCGCCAGAGAGAGAGGGAGGGAUGAGGAGACGUGAGGUGUCUGCGCCGCAGGAGGAAUAUAGGCCACAAUUAUAAAUUAUAAAUAAAUCAUAAAAUGUUUCUAAGAACUUGUUCAAGUGUGUUCUGUUCCUUAUAAAUGUUAAAAGUUAUGCCUCAUUAGAUAGCUUGAC